AUGGACAAACUGAAUAAAAUGAUACAAUCUCUGGAGGAGAGGAUCCAGCUGAUUGAAGAGGAGCUCGAUGCAGGAGACAAUGGAGUGGAAUUCUUACAGAGGACUUUCUGUGACAUCGCAGCUUUACAUUUUUUUCUCCAACAGGUUGAUGGCUGUGAUUAUUGGACUCUGGGUGUAGCUGCUGAAUCUUUAUGCAGAAGGGCAGUGUCUGAGGCAUGUCCGGAGGCAGGACUCUGGUGCAUCGGCCUGAGAGACAAAGAGUAUCGAGCUCUAACUACCCCCUCUGAGAUCAUUCGUGUCGGUCAUCACCUGAACAGGGUCCACGUGAGGUUGAACUGGGACGGAGGACUGCUGGAAUUCACGAAUGCUGACACUAACGCCCAUCUUUUUACAUUUCAGCAUUGCUUUGAUGAAACCGUGGACCUGUAUUUUGAGAGUAUAUCCUCAGGGGGUAGUCUUGCUGUGUUGGCACAAAGAGUGAACAUCAGCGUGGGGUCGGAUUGUGUCCCUGUUGAAGAUGUUGCUAUCUUUAGGGGGGAUCAGGGGGUGGAAAUUGAAUCUACCACUGUCAAAGACAUUAUCACAAAUGGCAAAGUGGACACUGAACAUCUGACAGAAGACAAGAAAUCAGUAGUUUGUUCUGUGGGACAAGAGAAGCCAACCAAGAAGGAAAAUAAAUCAAAAAAUAAAACUGCUGUUAAAAAACGAUGGAGCAAGACCAGGUUCAGUGUGAGCUACCAUGUUUCACUGAACAGAGCACUAAGCACCAUCAAGGAGUGUGCCAACCACAAACAAACUUAGAUAAACCAUGUUCUCAAUCUGAAUUCUUAUCCUUUUGAUUAAAAAACAAACAAACAAGAAACCCCAUAAAAUUACAAUGCAACAUCCAUCCAUCCAUUCUCUAUACACUGCUUUAUCCUCACUAGGGUCGCAGGGACAAUGCAACAUGUAGAAGUAAAUACCAUCUUUUACACUCAUGUUAGUAUUAGUCUUACCUUUCAACCCUGCAGCAUGGCUCCAGGGUUUUGCAAUGGUGCACCGUUUGUGCUUCAAUUUGAGCCAGGCCAUUGGAGAUAGAUUGCCUUUUAAUUAGAUAGAUUCAGGGUGCUCAAACACUGUGCACUCUGAUGUUUCCUUUAGUGCCAACAUGAGGUUCACAUUUGUGGUUUUUAAUGAUAUGUCACAGCUUUUAGAUGUUCUGCCAUGAACUUUACAGACAUGUUCCAGUCUGUAAUAAUCAAAAUGUUUAACUGUUUAUUUAGAAGCAUUAUUCAGUGAAAAUGUUGUUGAACUGUGGUCUAUUUCAUUUGUCUUUAGGGCGUAUUAGCAAAUAUUCGAAUAUUAACACACAGAACUGCACAAUUCGUUGGGAAAAAUCAUUUGCAUAAAACCUGCUAAAUUUCAGCUUGUUAGCAUUUUCACACAGCGCAGUGCAUAAUUACUAACGCAUUCACGUGUCAAGCCCUAAUAAUUAUGCUAAUUAAAUUCUUUGCCUUGUUUAAAAUACAUCCAAGAACUACUGUACUUGGAUUUUGUUUCUAAUGAAUCAUAUGAAAUUAUGUAUCUGCUGUGAGCUGUAUUAAAAUACAUCUACUGAAAAUGUGCUACAUUGUAACAUAAGAUAUUAACCAGAGUUUCAUUUUGAACUGAGAGUUUUGAAGUUUUGGAUUCAUGUGCCAUGUUUGGUUAGUUUUUAUUUUAUUCUACUGGAUGUAAAACAAAGUAAAAGUAUUUUACUGGAUAUGGAAUAUUAUUGAAGCAAACCAAGAUGCCAUAUCAUGUAAGAACGAUCCUACUAUAUUACAAACAUGUGAGUUCAUAUAACUGCAAAAACAGAUCAUGUUUCCAGUAUCAGUAUUUACAGCACUGUAGUCGUCUCUAAAUCCCAUCCAUCAGUGACUUCUGUGUUGUUCUUUUCCAUUUAAAUCCACACAGUAUCCUCACCAUAUGUCCAUAUUUCUUCGUCUCCUCCUCUGGUCUCAUAAAGACACUUUCCCCUCCAUGAUGGCGUUAUAUAGUU